UCCCUGAAGCGACGCCAUUGUUCUCUUUGCGUUUCCUUCCUCUUCCUCUCCCUCUCUGUCUUCUCACACUGCUCCUCUGCUUCGCUUUUUCUGCGCCUCAGAGUGCGGCAAUUACCUGCUCCUUCGUCAUGAAGAUCUCCGUGAAGACGCUCAAGGGGAACCAUUUCGAUCUGGAAGUUAGUCCCGCGGAUACGGUCUUGAAUGUUAAGAGACAGAUAGAAGAUUCACAGGGCAAGGAAUCAUUUCCUUGUUCGCAGCAACUCCUUAUCCAUCAAGGCAAGGUGUUGAAAGAUGAAACCACUAUGGAGGAAAAUAAAGUUUCGGAGAACGGCUUUGUUGUCGUCAUGUUGACAAAGGCGAAAACUGGGGCUGGUGCUUCUCCCCCAUCUUCUUCAGGAACCACCCAGGCACCUGCUCCCGUGGCCGCUGCUACCCCUCCUGCACCUGCGCGGAGUCCUGCCACUCCAUCACCUCCGACCCCGGCCACACCUGCUCCUACGUCUGCACCAGCAACUACCACUGGCCUAUCAGCUCCCGCUUCAACUUACGGACAGGCUGCCUCUAAUCUCGUUGCUGGGAAUGUUCUGGAGACCACCGUACAACAGAUUAUGGAUAUGGGUGGGGGUAGCUGGGAUCGUGACACUGUAGUGCGUGCAUUACGUGCUGCAUUCAACAAUCCCGAGCGAGCUGUGGAGUACUUAUAUUCUGGUAUCCCGGAAUCAGCUGAGAUGCGACCUGUUGGGGGCCGAUCACCAGCAGUAGCAGGAGUUCCAGCCGCAACCCCUGCUGCUCCAGCUCAAGCAGCUCCUGCGGGGGGACCAAAUGCGGCUCCCCUUGACCUCUUUCCUCAGGGUAUGCCUGGCAUGGCUGGAGGAGGUGGUGCCGGAGCUUUGGACUUCUUAAGAAAUAACCCACAGUUUCAAGCCUUGAGGACAAUGGUUCAAGCAAAUCCUCAGAUUCUUCAGCCCAUGCUGCAGGAGUUGGGCAAGCAGAAUCCUGCUCUUCUGCGUCUUAUCAAUGACAAUCAAGCGGAAUUCUUGCGUCUAAUCAAUGAAGCUGGUGCCGAAGGUGCUGAAGGGGAUAUCCUAGGACAACUAGCUGGAGCCAUGCCACAAUCUAUAAAUGUCACACCCGAGGAGAGGGAAGCUAUUGAUCGGUUGGAAGGUAUGGGAUUCGAGAGAACUCUGGUUAUUGAGGCCUUCUUGGCAUGUGACAAGAAUGAGCAAUUGGCGGCUAACUAUUUAUUGGAGCAUGCUGGUGAUUAUGAAGAUGCUUGAGUGUUUUUUAAUUGGUGCACUACCCUCUGCAUACUUUUCAUUUCAGUCUGCGCACUUGUCUGAAUUCCGCUGCACACCAAGAUGAUCAUUAGCAUUCUUGGGAUGCUGUAUGCGAGUUCGAGGUUCAUGGCUUCUUAAGUCUGUAGUCCUUGAACGAGGACACGAAAUGUUGUUAUGCAGUGAGACAGUUGGGAAUUAGUAGAAUUGCUGGAUAUCCAGCAUCAUUUGUGAGCUGUUAUAUGCAGGCGGUUGGUUCUUGAACCUGUGAUGCAAAUUUUGAUAAAUUUUUAGGGGCUUGUAAUGUUAGGCUUCAUAUAGGAAGUUGAGCACAGGGACAGUGCAAUCACCAGAUAUUUUUACCAGAGCUAAUUUAGCGUAGGGUGAGCUUAUUUGGAAAUCUGUUAAUUUGAGCAUAACAUUGUUAAUCAUGGUAAUAAUGUGCUCUGGUAAGGUCUCUAUGUGUGUUUAAUCAGAUGUAGCUCAUCCUUUUAAUUCAGCUUAAUUGUGUUAUCUAUCAUUCACUUAAA